AUGGGGCCCCUGGAAGCAGCAGGUGAAGAAAACCAGACAGAUGAAACGAAAGCGGAGCUGUUCACCAAGCUGUACUUGCCGAGAUACACCACACCGCUCAACGAAUUAGCUCUGGACCCUAAACCAGAACUGAAGGACAGCACAACACUAGUUGAAGUGCAGAUAAUCCUCAUCUUUGCCUACUGCUCCAUCAUUCUGCUGGGGGUGAUUGGAAACUCCCUGGUGAUCCACGUGAUCAUCAAGUUCAAAAGCAUGCGCACAGUGACUAACUUCUUCAUUGCCAACCUGGCUGUGGCUGACCUGCUGGUGAAUACAUUGUGCCUGCCCUUCACUUUGGUUUACACACUGUUGGGCGAAUGGAAACUGGGCCCAGUCUUGUGCCACCUGGUGCCUUAUGCCCAGGCUCUUGCUGUGCACGUCUCUACUGUUACUUUGACUGUGAUUGCUUUGGAUCGGCACCGCUGCAUCGUCUACCACUUGGAAAGCAAAAUCUCUAAGCGGAUCAGCUUCCUGAUUAUAGGAGUGGCUUGGGCAGUCAGUGCCCUGUUGGCAAGUCCUCUGGCCAUCUUCCGUGAGUACUCGCUGAUUGAGAUCAUUCCCGACUUCAAGAUUGUGGUCUGCUCUGAGAAGUGGCCAGGAGAGGGGCAACUCAACUAUGGCACCAUCUACAGCAUCUCCAUGCUCCUGAUCCAGUACGUGCUGCCUCUGGCGGUCAUCUCCUAUGCCUACGCCCGUAUUUGGACCAAGCUCAAGAACCACGUUAGUCCUGGGGUGGGCAAUGACCACUACCACCACCGGCGGCGGAAAACCACCAAGAUGCUGGUGUGUGUGGUUGUGGUGUUUGCCGUCAGCUGGCUGCCAUUUCACACCUUCCAGCUAGUCAGUGACAUUGACAGUCAGGUAUUAGACCUGAAAGAGUACAAACUGAUCUACACAGUGUUUCAUGUCAUUGCCAUGUGCUCAACGUUUGCUAACCCCCUUCUCUAUGGCUGGAUGAAUAACAACUACAGGACGGCCUUCCUCACGGCCUUCCAGUGUGAACAGCGGCUGGACUCCAUCCACCCUGAAGUAUCAGCAGCUUUCAAAGCCAGGAAGAAACUAGAAGCAAAGAGGAUUCAGUUCCCUGGAGACUCUUUCACACAACCUACCAAUGUCUAA